CAUUAAGCGAGCCAAACAACCCAUCACCCCCUUCUUUCUUCCUCCACACGGCCGGCUGCUCGCCUCCGCCGCCCUCCCUCCAAAUGCCCUGCACCUCCUCUCCUCUCCCUCUCUUUCCCUUCCCCUCCUCCAAAACCCUAAAACCUACCCCGCACAGCUCGGCGCGCUAGCCCACCAACCCGCCCGGUCUGCGCCGCGCCCCUUGCCCGGGUUCUACCCUAAAAGGCAUGACCUUGGCCUUCCCAUUAGGAAAGUGAGAAGCAAUCAAGUAUGGCUUCCAGGGCAAUCAUUCGGAGAAGGAAGUAUCUUUCGGAUCAUAUUAACACACCUAUCCUCUCAUCUUCCUCCUCUACCUUCCAACAUGGAAGAUUUGGUUUUGAGGCUGAGCCAAGAAUAGUGCAGAAAUUUCUUGAGCAAAGCUCCGGAGAUUCAAAAUGUGAGAAGGAGCAAUACAAUGUGAAUUUGACAAAGAGGGAUUUGCCAGGUCUUGGUAAUGGGUUCCUGCGACGUCCAGCUCAUGGGAUAUCUCUUUCUCAUUGUGGAAUUGGAAAGAAUAACUUCGGGUUGCCAUUGGGAGCUAGAUUUUUGCUGCAGUCAGUCCACACAUCAUCAACUGCAACUGCAGGGCAACCUAAGUUGGAUACUGAUGAUGAACAGACUGAGGAUCAAAAGCAAAACAAAAAGCAAAAAGAGGCAUCCCCAGAAGAAUGUGAUCAGGCUGUGGAAGGCCUAAGCACUGCAAAAGCUAAAGCUAAAGCUAAGCAGGUACAAGAAUCUCUGAAGGCUGACCAAUCAGUUAUACAGAGAUUCUGGGCAAGGCUUCUGGGUAUUGGCCCUGCUCUGCGAGCUGUUGCUUCAAUGAGCAGGGCUGAUUGGGCUGCAAAGCUUAAGCAUUGGAAGGAUGAAUUUGUUUCUACACUGCAGCAUUACUGGUUAGGGACAAAGCUACUCUGGGCAGAUGUUAGGAUCUCAUCAAGAUUGCUGGUGAAACUUGCUGGUGGAAAGAACCUUUCAAGAAGAGAGAGACAACAGCUGACCCGCACAACAGCUGAUAUCUUCAGGCUGGUACCAUUUGCUGUGUUCAUCAUUGUUCCUUUCAUGGAAUUCUUACUGCCGGUGUUCCUCAAGUUAUUUCCAAACAUGCUGCCAUCAACUUUCCAGGACAAAAUGAAAGAGGAGGAAGCAUUGAAAAGGAAACUGAAAGCAAGGAUGGAAUAUGCAAAAUUUUUGCAAGAUACAGCAAAAGAAAUGGCAAAGGAAGUUCAAACAUCACGUAGUGGAGAAAUAAAACAGACAGCUGAAGAUCUGGACGAGUUUUUGAACAAGGUUAGGAGAGGCGAACAUGUCUCUAAUGAUGAAAUCUUGAGCUUCGCGAAGCUGUUCAAUGAUGAACUUACUCUGGAUAACAUGAGCAGACCACGCUUGGUAAAUAUGUGCAAAUAUAUGGGUAUCCGACCUUUUGGUACAGACCACUACUUGAGAUUCAUGCUUCGCAAAAAACUGCAAGACAUUAAGAACGAUGAUAAGAUGAUUCAAGCUGAGGGUGUUGAGUCUCUUUCUGAAGAGGAGCUUCGGCAAGCCUGCCGUGAACGUGGUCACCUAGGCCUGCUGUCAAUGGAAGAGAUGCGCCAACAGCUCCGAGACUGGUUGGAUCUCUCACUUAAUCAUGCUGUGCCAUCUUCACUUCUCAUACUUUCAAGAACUUUUACUGUAUCUGGGAAAAUGAAACCUGAGGAGGCUGUUGUAGCAACGCUAUCUUCUCUGCCAGAUGAAGUUGUGGAUACAGUUGGGACAGUACUGCCAUCUGAAGAUUCAGUUUCUGAGAGGAGGAAAAAACUGGAAUUCCUUGAGAUGCAGGAAGAACUUAUCAAGGAGGAAGAGAAAAAGAAAGAGAGAGAAGAAAAAGCAAAACAAGAGAAAGAAGAGAGGGCAAAGCUCAAAGAACCGGAGGCUGCUGAAGAAGAUUUAGCUUUGAAGGAAAUGACUGAAGCUACUGCUAGGGAAGAAGAACUGCGAAAAGCUGAACAGCAUGACAAGGAAAAGCUCUGUAAUAUCAGCCGAGCAUUGGCGGUGCUCGCAUCUGCAUCCUCUGUUAGCAAGGAGCGUCAAGAGUUCCUGGGCCUUGUCAAUAAGGAGAUAGAACUAUAUAACUCCAUGCUCGAAAAAGAGGGUACAAAGGGUGAAGAAGAUGCUAAGAGAGCAUACAUAGCUGCUAGAGAGGAGUCAGACCAUUAUGCUGAGGUUGCUGCAGAAGAAAAGGUUUCAUCAGCGCUGAUUGAGAAGGUUGAUGCUAUGCUUCAAGAAUUAGAAAAGGAGAUUGACAAUGUGGAUGCACAAAUUGGAAACCGUUGGCAACUGCUUGAUAGGGACCAUGAUGGCAAGGUGACUCCUGAGGAGGUAGCCGCGGCGGCGGCCUAUCUUAAGGACACCAUAGGGAAGGAAGGCGUCCAAGAGCUUAUCAGCAACCUUUCUAAAGACAAAGAAGGAAAGAUCCUUGUGGAAGACAUUGUGAAACUAGCAUCACAAACAGAGGAGAACAAUGAAGAGGAAGAGGAAGCACGACAGUAGUUGGAAGAGCAUUUGGAAACAUCCCACUUGUUUAGAUAGGUUCCCUAUUAUUUUAGGCAGAAACUUCAAAAGAUCUCAGCUACUUAAUGGCAGUGCCGUGUGUAAAUCUAAAAGCAAUAUAACCAUUUUUUGUGCCUCUGGGCUGACUUGCUGUUAAGGUGCUGACAUGUGUUAGGCACAAUACUGUGGUUAGGCAGGUAAAUCGCGACCGAAAUUUUGACUGGUUGCUAUGGAAGUAGAAAUACAGAUGGCUGGGCUUAUGGUACCAUCCAAUCUCAAAAUAUUGGAUCUAUUUCAAAUUCUGAAGUAAUGGUUAGUGAAUGUUUGGGUAAUGUAUGGUUUAUGAUGUUUCUGGAAUUAUUAUGGUUUUAGCUACUUUA